CUACCCAUCAAGAUCACUUAAUCGAUCAAACGUCGUCAUGACAGUGUUCAUAUGCUUGCAUAAAAGUAAUCGAGUUCAACGAAAAUAAAAUUGAUUAUAAAUAUUUGUGAAGAAAUGUUUAAAAAUGUUAAAGUAAACUAUCCGAAGCGGAAAACUGCUCUACAGGAAUCUAAAGUAGAAGGUAUUCAGGAGCCUGUCAGGGAAACAAUGUAUGACAUACUGUUAGAGAACUUUCAUAUAGCAGACAGAAAGACCUUCAUCCAUAGGAUCAUAUAUGUAGGAGAACACCAUUUUUCAGGCGAAGACGAUACUAUAAUACAGUGUUUUCAAAAAUCAGUAAAUCAGGUGAACGAGUCUUUCUGCCUGGAGCCUAUAACUGGAUUUUUAUUGUGCUACAGAAGGCAUUUUGUCCACAUGAUUGAGGGAGACGAGGAUUCAAUAAAUUCCCACCUGCAUAUUCUUUUGAAUGACAAAGAACUCAAACAAAAUUUGGGAGUCAUGAAGUUAUUGAUACACGUGUCCCACAUCAAUCGG